AUGAGCGAAGAUGCAGAAUAUUUAAGGACCUUGGAGAUACAGAGACGCAAUUUUGAAGCCCAGUUUGGCUCUAUUGGAGACCUUGGAUUCGAAGACAAGUUGGAUGAGGUGGAUGCUGAAGAUGAUUUAUCACUGGAUACGGAAACGUCUGACAAUGAGGAUGUUGACUUUGACGGAUUUAGCAGCGAGAGCGAAGACUCAACUUCAGACUCAGAUAAUGCCGAGGUCUCAGAUAUAGAUGAACCACCUAAACCUAGAGUCGUAAAACUAAACACACCAACAUCCGAUAUCCCACCCGUUGUUGCAUCCAAAAACGAGCGGAAACUACUCAAGGCAGGGAGAGCAGCUACACUUUCCGAGCUAGAGGCUGUGAACAAGCGAGCAUCCAAGCAGACACUUAAGCAAGCUAAUAAAACGGCAAAGGAAGAAUCUGAGAAUCUUGAGAAUGACUUGAAAUUACAACGUUUGUUGAAAGAAUCGCAUAUUUUGGCUAACAACGUAGACCCCCAAUUCAGUGGUGCUGAUCUAACGUUAAAGACAAUAGACUUUGAAGACCCCACAGGGAAGUCGCGAAAGCGAGUGUUGUCAUCGCGUAUCAAUGAAUUAACGACCACUAAUAAAACAAAGGAAAAGAGGUUGGAGUCCAUGCCGAUGAAUAUGAGAAAGGGUAUGAUUGCCAAAAGAGACGCGAGAGUUGCCAAGUAUGAGAAGGAGGCAAAAGAUGCAGGAAUAGUGCUAUCGAAAUUGAAGAAGGGCCAAGUACGGGACUUGAAUGCCGGUCGUGGUUCAACAUCAUCAAAUGAUCGUUUAGGUUCUGGUAAACAAAACAAGGUACAAAAGAGGGAAAGAGGAUUGAAAAUCAAUGGUGUUGGAAGAUCAACCAGAAACGGAUUGGUUAUAUCUCAAAACGACAUUGAUCGCAUAAAUAAUCAGGGCAAAAGACAUGGUAAAAAAAGAUAA